CACCAGUGGCGGUGACGUAAGGCAAACGCACUUCGUUCUUCCAGUUGCUGGGAAGCGAACUGUCCGCGCUCCUUGACGAAGAACACAGGGAGUGGGCACAAAGAAAGUCUCCUUUAAUGGGUUUCACGAUGCCAGAAGCAACAGAUAACCGAACACAGACUCCUCAGGUUGGGGAAGGAACUGCGUAACCGUUUAUGAUAUAAAGUAGUACACCGAGAGAAACGAUUUUCACAAUAUGGAGAAUAUUUCAAACUCCGCCAAGACAAACUCUCAAUGCAACUUUAGCGUGUACUUUUAUUACUACAGUUCUGCCAACCGGUCCGAUUUAAACUGUACGCCACCGGCUGACUAUUUCUUUUACGCAGAUCUGUACGUAGUUCUCCCGGUUAUUUACUCCGUGAUAUGUGCAGUGGGAUUAACGGGCAACACAGCAGUUAUCUAUGUCAUACUGAAGGCUCCUAAAAUGAAAACAGUCACUAACAUGUUUAUUCUGAACUUGGCAAUUGCUGAUGAUCUUUUCACAUUAGUUUUGCCCAUUAACAUUGCAGAGCAUCUCCUCCACUACUGGCCGUUUGGUGAAGUGCUCUGCAAAAUUAUUCUGAGCAUUGACCACUACAAUAUUUUUUCAAGUAUAUAUUUUCUAACGGUUAUGAGCAUUGACCGAUACCUGGUAGUACUUGCCACGGUGCGCUCAAAACGCAUGCCAUAUCGCACAUAUAGGGCAGCCAAAAUAGUCAGCCUGUGCGUUUGGUUGCUGGUGAUUCUAAUCGUAGUGCCCUUUACAGUGUUUGGAGGAGUUUACAUCAGCCCGGACGACACCGAGCGAAAAAGUUGUGUUCUAAGUUUUCCCAGCCCAGAAGGUUUAUGGUUCAAAGCAAGCCGGAUUUACACACUCUUACUGGGCUUUGCCAUUCCCGUCUCCACUAUCUGCAUACUCUACACUAUGAUGCUGUACAAAUUGCGCAACAUGAGACUAAACACUAAUGCUAAGGCGCUGGAUAAAGCUAAAAAGAAAGUGACCAUCAUGGUAUUCAUCGUACUGGCCGUUUGUUUGUUCUGUUGGACUCCAUUCCAUCUCAGCACCAUCGUAGCUCUUACCACGGAUCUGGGCACCACACCAGUUGUCAUCGGUAUUUCCUAUUUUAUCACCAGUUUGAGUUAUGCGAACUCCUGUCUAAACCCAUUCCUGUAUGCUUUCCUGGAUGACAGCUUCAGGAAAGCCUUUAAGAAGAUGCUAGAAUGUAGAGCUGGAUGAACCUAGAGCACAAGCUGAAACUUCGAAGAGUGUAGUUGCCGCAGAGUAAAAUCACACAGCCGGCUUUAGCUGAUAGACUGUGCAAGUGGACGUGGCAUUGAAGGUCAGCAUUUGUCUCCCUCUUGUGCCAAUUGUGUGAACAUCUCCUUUAUCUACAAAUGCUUCUUCAUUAGUUUCUGUUAUAUUGCUAUAAAAACCAUUAAGGUAAUAAAAUAUCAUUGUCUAAACAUGAGGAACGAUUAG